AUGGCCGAAAAAUCCACUUUCCCCAUUCAAUUCCCCCACCUUACCAAAACCAAUUAUAAAAAUUGGUGCAUUCGUAUGAAAGCCUUGCUUGGAUCCCAAGAUGCUUGGGAUAUUGUCGAAAAAGGCUACGAGAUUCCCGUAGAGGAUUCUCGGUUAUCUCCUGCUGAAAAGGAGGUAUUGAGGAAAAAUAGAAAGAGUGAUCAAAAGGCACUCACUCUAAUUCAUCAAUGUCUUGAUGAAUCGACGUUCGAUCAAAUAGCAGAUGCUACCACGGCGAAGGAAGCAUGGGAUAUCUUGCAAAAGGAAAUGCAAGGCGUAGAACCAGUAAAGAAGGUUCGACUUCAGACACUAAGAGGAGAUUUUGAAGCCAUUAAAAUGAAGGAAGGUGAAUCUGUUUCAGAUUACACCGCCCGUGUGAUGUCUAUCGCCAGCAAACUGAAGCAGUAUGGGGAGAAAAUUGAAGAGACCAAAGUGGUGGAGAAAAUUCUACGGUCACUAUUACCAAAGUUUGAUUAUGUGGUGGUAGCCAUGGAGGAAGCUAAGGACGUGUCAAAAAUGACAGUGGAUGAAGUCAUCGGCUCAUUGCAAGCACGUGAAGAAAGGCUAAAUAAAAGAAAUGAAGAAUCGUCAGAGCAAGUGCUAGCUACAAAAGCUACCACUGAGGACAAAGAAGGUGCCCGAGGAGGAGGUCAGUACAGAGGUCGAGGCAGAGGCAACUAUAGAGGCAGAGGCAGAGGAAGAGCUCGAGGAGCAUAUCAAAGCAGAGAUGGAGGAAAUUUCACCACGAACAAUUAUGAAACGUUCACCAGAGGCAGAGGUCGUGGUCGUGGACGUGGAAGAGGAAGUUGGAGAUCAAAUGAAGGUCGUGAUAAAUCCAACGUCCAGUGCCAUAAUUGCUCGAAGUACGGGCAUUAUGCAUCAGAAUGUUGGAGUCCGCCUAAAGAAGUGGAGGAGACAGCAAACAACGUGCAAGAAGAAGUCAAAGGCACAUUGAUGCUGUCACAUCAAGGAGAUGAAAAACCGAGAGAUAACAUGUGGUAUCUGGAUAAUGCAGCAAGCAGCCACAUGUAUGGAAAAAGAAACAUGUUCGUGGAUAUGGAUGAAUCAGUGAAAGGAAAUGUCGUAUUUGGAGAUUCCUCGAAGGUUCCUAUCAAAGGCAGAGGGACUAUACUCAUCCGACUAAAGAAUGGCUCACAACAAUUUAUCAGUGAUGUGUACUAUGUCCCAGACAUGACUAGUAACAUCCUGAGUUUGGGUCAAUUGAUGGAGAAGAAUUAUGAAGUCCACAUGGUGAAUCGUCAAUUGGAGCUGCUAAAUGAGAAGAGGCAGUUGUUGGCCAGAGUCCCAAUGUCGAAAAACAGAAUGUUCACACUGAACAUUCAGACAGAAAUGGCGAAGUGUUUGAAAGCAUGUGUGAAAGACACUACAUGGCUAUAG